GCUGAGGAGAGAGGAUAUAUGGAGAACAGUUUCCGGGGGUUAGAAGUGGAGUUCUAAAUUUGUGUUUGAUAGUAUUUUACCUUGGCGGCACCGACAGCAGGAGAGAAUGCCGCCAGGAGAGACUGGUGUUGGGGCCAGGCCCUACGGCAGUCCAGUACUGAGCCUGGGGGCCCUCGGGGUUCUUGGAGCGAAUGGGAAAUCUGGGCAAUACGGAGAUACUGGUGCUGGUCCUGUUGCUGGUGCAGGUCUGUUGCCCUACGGGGGCCAGGCAGUGGUUCCUGCCAGGCUUGGGGCAGAGGUCAAGGUUGACAGUUUUGGUGAAGGGCCCGUGCCCUAUAUAGGGCAGCCCUUCCAAUCCACAGGACAGCGGACUGGCGAUAACCUGGGUGGGCUGGCUGCUGCACUGGGGUUGGACCCUGCUGCCAGUAAAUAUGGUGAUGGGGCAUAUCUGGGCGCUGAAAUCCCAGCAGGGGGGAAAAGCGCAAAAUUUGAGCUGAAUGAGUUCCUGGAUAACAGACUGAGAGGCUAACUCUGAGCGCCGCAGCCCUGAGUGAAGACCAAAGACCGGCUCCAUCAUGUUUCCAUUGUGUGUUUUUGUUGCUGUUCUUCAUCAGUUCUGUUUUCAGUUGUUUCUGUCUUUCUUGCUCCCUAUCAGCAUCUGUCCUUGCUGCCAUCCUUUAAGACCCUGCUGACAAAAACCAGCUCAGUCUCGGUUUUGCAACAGCUGGUAGCUGGUUGACCAGCUCCAUACUCAUGGUUUGACCAACUCAAGCUAUGUUUUGAAGCAGCUGGAAGCUGGAAAUUUCAAGCUCGUCAUAGCUGUAUUUUACACCAGGGGACUGUGGUCUUCUUCUGUGCAUAU